GUUCUUUCUGUGCCCUGCCAGGAAACAAGCUCCCAUAUCCCUGUUGGAAGCCUUCUAGCGACAGGAUGAGUCUGCAGUGGACUGCAGUUGCCACCUUCCUCUAUGCAGAGGUCUUUGCUGUGUUGCUUCUCUGCAUUCCCUUCAUUUCUCCCAAAAGAUGGCAGAAAAUUUUCAAGUCCCGCCUGGUGGAGUUGGUGGUGACCUACAGCAACACAUUCUUUGUGGUUCUUAUUGUCAUCCUUGUGCUGCUGCUCCUCGAUGCUUUCCGUGAGAUUUGGAAGUAUGACAACGUGACAGAAAAGGUGAACCUCCAGAACAAUCCUGGGGCCCUGGAGCACUUCCACAUGAAGCUCUUCCGCGCCCAGAGGAAUCUCUACAUCGCUGGCUUUUCCUUGCUGCUGUCCUUCCUGCUUCGACGCCUGGUGACUCUCAUCUCCCAGCAGGCCACGCUGCUGGCCUCUAACGAAGCCUUUAAAAAGCAGGCCGAGAGUGCUAGCGAGGCGGCCAAGAAGUACAUGGAGGAGAAUGAGCAGCUGAAGAAGGGAACUGCUGUUGACGGACACAAGUUGGGUGUUGGGGACGCUGAGGUGAAGUUGGAGGAAGAGAACAGGAGCCUGAAGGCCGACCUGAAGAAGCUAAAGGAUGAGCUGUCCGAUACCAAGCAGAAACUAGAGAAAGCUGAAAGCGAGGUUCUGGCCAUGCGGAAGCAGUCCGAGGGCCUCACCAAGGAGUACGAUCGCCUGUUGGAGGAGCAUGCAAAACUGCAGGCUGUGGUAGAUGGUACCACGGACAAGAAGGAGGAGUGAGGGCCUCCCUCUUCUGCCGCAGCCAGCAUCUACCUGGCACGUGCGCACUGCUUCUGGGGAGCCCAGCCUCUUCCUCGGGUACCUCGGUUCACUCCCUUCUGCUUCCCCCAUCCCCUUCCACAGCUUGUAGCUCCUCAUCUGGGCCCCUUGUUCGCACUCCCUGCAUACCACGGGGGACCUGGUUGCCACACAUUCAAGCUGAGGUCGCUUUUGUUCUGCCCUGCCCAGCCCCGGCUUCCAUUUCUUGGUGUAGAGGGCACUUGUAACCCAGCCUGCAGCAGGGCUCGUUUCCAGCUACUUUCAGCCCCCUUUUUGUUUUGCUGUGUUGAUAUUUUCUCUGGUCCUGCAGGAGGGCAGGUGAAGCAGACAGACUGGAGUUUCUCUUGGGGGCAAUAAAGGUGGUUCUGAUGUGU